UCUCCCUCCCAUUCAUUGGCGCAUUCUCUCUUUCUCUCUUUUCCGUCUCUGUUUAUCAUCUAGUUCUAUCUCUGUCUAUCUCAACUGAGUCAGCAGCCAUAUUGAUAGGUGGAGCUGGGCCGUGUUGAUGUAUUUGCUAAAAUGUUGGUGGGCUGCAAAUUGAAAGCCUCCCACCCAAUGUAAGCUCUAACUAACAAUGCUUGAAAAGCAUUUUCGCCCCCAAACUAGCCCAGUCGAAAUUCUGGAGUUUGGGCCGUCAUUUGUAGCCUUUUGAUCACAGGGUUUGUCGGCACCAAAAGCAAAAUGCCGCCUCCUCCCCCACCAGGACCUCCGCCUCCACCAGGUCCACCCCCUCCCCCUGCGAUGCCAUCUCUGUCGCUUGGGGGGUCAGGGGGUGCUGAUGGCCGUGGUAUGCUUCUGCAGUCGAUCCGAGCGGGUACCAAACUUAAAAAAGUAGAAACAGUUGACAAAUCUGCCCCACUGAUUUCGGGAAAGGUUGGUGGGAGCAAUGGGUCACCCUCUCCACGUGUUGCAAGCGGUGGUAGCCCUGGGCCUGGGCCAGUGCGUGCACCUCCCAACGGAUUGGGAGGGCUUUUUGCUGGUGGCAUGCCCAAGUUAAAGCCCACAGGAAGAAGUCGAGGAGGGGAAAAUGCAUCAGCAUCAUCUCCCGCUCCUUCAUCUCCUGCUGCAUCAACGCCUCCACCCCCUCCAUCAGAAGCUCCAAAAAGACCUUUCCCGGGCGAUGUCAAGAAUAGGGGCCCUCCCCCACAGCCGCCUCCAGCAAAUCAGAAGCCAACAGGGCUCGCAACUAGUACUUCAGAUUCAGUUUUAACUGACCGAAGCCAAAGGACUGCUCCUGUUCUUCCUAAUAAACCACCUGUAGGGGGUUAUGGAAAGCCUAAUGUUGCCCCAAAACCACCUGGUAUGGCACCAAAUCCUCCCAGUACUCCUCCUAAUACUGCAUUGAGCAAACCAUCACCACCAAUGAAGAAAGUAGCAAACGGUGGUCCUAAACCUGCAGUGACUAGGGCGCAGAGUGUCAGAGUGCCUCGGUCACCACCAGUCGUACCUCCCACUGGCCCCAUGUUCCCGACUUCACCUGCCAGCCAGGGGGAUUUGAGCAGAUCGGGCCUGCCUUCUUUCCACCAAUCUCAAGACUCCUUGCACUAUAAAGUCUCCAAUCCGCCUCCCCCUCCAAGAACAGCUACUUUGCCUCCGAACUUCCACAAACCCACAGCGCCGGCCCCACCUCCGCCCACGAAUCGUCCCCGGCCCCCUAUCGCCCGCCCCCCGCCGCCCCCGACGAGGCCCGUACCACCGCACGUGCCUCCGCCUCCGCCGCCCACCGCGGCGCCGCCCCCGCCCCCGCACCGCACGGCCCCGGUAAAAGCCUUCCCACCUCCGCCGCCCAGUCUCAAUGUUGCCCCACCUCCACCUCCCACAAGGAACUCAUCCAUGAGAAAUGGAUCGUCCACGUCGAGUUUAAGUGACUUAGAGGCUCGCUUUUUGGAUUCAUUUCAUGGCAUCCAUGAAUUUCCUGCACCACAACCAUUCAAGAACUGUUCCAAAAUAUACAAUAGCAGAACAACUGCCAAGCAACAGGCUCCUCAACCUCCUUCACAUCAUUUACAGCUGUCAGGGGCCUCAUGGGGUCACAAUACAUCAAGUUGCUAGCAUCGGCUUGAGGCACCGCCCCAAACUACUGCAUGCCAGCAACUUUGGAAGUGUAGGCAAUGGUGGAGUCAGUGUUUGCAUUUUAAAUGGAGGUGGUGUCGUAAAUAAUUGUCAGUGAUGCAUAUCAUCGAGUGCAACCCAUAUAUAUAUAUGUGCUACAACUGCAAUUACUUGAGAUGGUUUAAAUUGCUCAAAUGUAAGAUGUUUUCUGUUAUUCUCUACAUCACUAUGUGAAAUCUAUUGAAUAUCAGUGCAGGGUACAUUAGUUUCCCAGCAGGUCAAAUGUAUUUCACAGAUGUUAUUUGUUUCAAGUUUUGUCAACUUACACGAUUUUUAAAUCUUACAUUUGAGCUUGAAUGGUAUUGUUGUCUUCAUAUUAAAAGCAGCAGGCUCUGACGUUGUUGGAAUGCCCUUGGCUUUUUCCAUUUUUCAAGGCAUCUUUUGUACCCAUCAAUUUUUUUUUUUAAACUUAUUUAUCCUUCCAUAUAUUGUAUUAGAACUACCCAAGGUCAUAAGCAAUAUUAGCAUAAUCUUUUAAAUGAUUACUUCAUUCUUAUUGGGACUUUCAAAAUUGGUGUUACCAAUAGGAAUUUUAAGGCUAGUGAAAGAUGCCAAAAGCUUAUAUUCUGCCCAUCUUUUGUCAUGUGAAUGACUUAGUUUGAUGUAUUCUUCUGUAGGGUGUUAUGUUAAGCCAUCCUCCCGACUACCCUGUUCACUGGGUUUUAUUUCGCUCUUUCUUUUCUGACCCAUUUGCCUUUGAAGGCUUUUAGUUCUGGCCCAGCAAAGGGUCUGUUUGUCUUGUGCUCACAUAUAUGCAUUUUCUUUGCGCUGCAGGCUUAUUUAUUUCCUAUCUGCUUAGAUAUAAGACUUCUUUGUAAAUUAUGUAAAUAGUUUGUUGUAAUGACUGUAACAGAUUUUAAAGUUAAGUUUGUUGUACUAAAUUUUUGCUCAACAUGUGAAUGAGUUUAAACAUAAUCAGGAUCAAAUAAUUCAUCUGAAGACUGCUCUUUUAAAAGGAAUACUUGUUGUUGAUGCUUCAGUUGAUAUUCAACUGCAAAACUUUAUAUUGUUGUUGAAAUGUUAGAAACCUUCCCCUUAAAACUGGGUUGUGCUGCUUUGAUCGCAAUACUGACAUUGGCUUUAGUUUCUCAUAUAUAUGAUGUCUUUCAUGGAAUCUGUCUGAGAAACUGACUGCUUUUAUUGACUAACUAUUCUUCUAUGAAGUUGACAGGUGACAUCUUAUGCAUUUGUUGAACAAAGGUAAACUGUGCAGUUAUGGCUGUGUUAGAUAUUAUUCUCCAUUUGUUAAAAGCUAUGCACAAAAUUAAAAGCUUUAUGUAAGCUUGACUGUUAUUAAGUUCACUGUAUUUAGGCUGAAAUUGUGUGUGUUCUGUGGAUUGGUUACUGCAAUCAAAAGUCGAGGUCCUGCGGCAAACUCUUUGUGAAGCAUAAAGUAUCAAGAGUUGGUUGUAAACCACCCUGUUAAUAGUUCUCUACAGAUUUUUUUAUUAUUAUUUAUUUUUCCAAAUUUUGCACUUUAUUUUUCUUUUUUUGCUCAAAACUGGUGUUUUACUCAGUUGUGUCAAAUUAGAACAGUGUGAACUCUAUUUAUUUGGUGUACAGUAUUCUUUUAUAGAUAUAUAAAUUUUUUGAAUCCAGUACCUUUUGGCAUUUUACAAUUAAACUAUAAGUGCUAUAUAGCUCUGUAUUACAAUUUUUAUCCUAAACAAUCUUGUUUAACGUCUGAGUAUUUUUGUUUUCCUCUUGAGGUGGAACAUAAUAGUAUUUUUGAGUUUUGUACCACUGCCGAAUAUUUUGUCUUGAGUUUUUUUUUCCUUAGAUACGCUUUCAUUUUUGGUCCGAAGCAUCUCUGGAUGAUGGCACAAUUGCUUUGUAUUCUGUCUCUGACACAUAAAAUACCUGCACCUGAGUGUAGUUUCAUAAUAGUCAUCAAAAUUGAUAGGUAGUAUGUUUUUUUUUUAAAUCAUGCUCUUUUUGUAUUAGUUUUCAGUGAAAUAUGGCUUAGCUUCUGUAACAAGCCUUCUUCAUCUAUGUUUUUCUGUUUUCAAGUUCAAUUUCGCUUUUUUGUUUUGACUGAGGUUUUAGAGUGUGUUUUUACCUAACUGCUGGUACCUUGAUACUUAUUCAAUCAAGUUAUUAACCAUGGAAGUGGUUAACGUUAUGUUGGAAAUGUUUAGAAAAGAGGUUUGAAAAUGUGCUAAUAGGAUCUGGUUGGUUUGAGGAACAUUUCACUCAAGUUCCUGAUGUUUUCCCCAGUGCUUAAGUGUUAAAUAGUUGUUACAAUCUUAAGAAAGGAAUCAGACCUUGUGCCUUUAGUUUAAUUCUGUGAUGAGAAAUGUGGAUGGGGUACUAAUAAUUAUGAGUAAGAAACUUCUCCUACUCAGUUAAAAUAUUUGCAUUCUACUAAUUCAUUCCUAAUGUGAAAGAUAUUCAUGUGCCUGGUAAACGACCGUGUCGGAUAUGAGGGUUGGCAUUCAUAUUCUGGCAUGCUACCUUUAUGUACCUCAUCUUAAGUUUGUUUCUAAAAAAAAGUAUUUAAAGUAGACUAUUGCAAGUAUAGAGACCUUCUAACUGUCACUUUCAUUCUUUCCUAUAUAGAUAAGAAUGAUUUGUGUUUUGAAAGUUCAGUGGACAUUUCAAUUUUGGUCUGCAGGGAUGGAACGGAGUAAGAUAUUUUGAGGUGUCUCUGAAAUGGUGCCAGUCCAGUGCGUUUGGUUACGUCUUGUUAGUGAUACUUAUCUAGCUGCAUUGUCUGCAUGUAUGAAACGUGGACUUCUUUCAAGAAAUCCAUUGAAUGGCAUAUGCCCAGUGUGAGUGCCACAGCGCCACAGAAGGCACAGCACCAGUAAGCAAGCCUGAGGCCACUUUCUUGUUUUGUAGGCCCUUUUCUUCAGUCCUGUUUUUUAUCCAGGCUUGCUGUCAGGUUUGUGGCAGUGUGUGAUUUGUGACCAAGCUUCUGAAGCAGCAAUGCUUCACCUAGUCAUAUUUUUUCUCUUUGCAGUAUAGGGUAAACUAUACAGUUAUCGGCAGGGGUACAGUUAUCGUCAUCUCGGCAAAUAAUUGGGUCCUGCUCCUGCAAGUACGCGUCCGUUAGUGAUGCGGCCAAUGCAGGUCGCUAGAGACACCUUUUGAGCAUGCAGGACCGAGACAGCAUCGCGUUUGACUGAGCAUGUCAGCCAACAGAGCCACGUUUCUUGUCAAGUGCAGAAUGAAGCCGCUUCGGCCGCCCGUUCUUAUCUUCUAUGCUAGGAACAGGGGUUCAAUCUUUCGUUAAAUUCGUGAAUGUGGGCGGGAAUAAACUAUUCUCUUUGCCAGGUUCCUUCUCCCCAUCUAUUGAAGAGGGCAUACUGUGCUUGGCGCACAGAAAUUCCUCUUGCUUGUCUUCAAUCGGGGGGUGCCGAUAACUGUACCCAAGAAAUCACCCCAAACACAGUUAUCGUCAGGGUGGCCUCAAACUUCUCUGCUGUUUCGGGCAUCGUUGGGGAGUGAAUAUUCUGGUUCAUUAAGACCAUAGGAGGACCCCUACUAAAUUUGAACGAAAUCGGAUCACUUUUUCCCAGUGAUCUACGUGAUUUACGAGAUGUCCUCCUCGGUGCUUUGGAAGGUUGUUAUUUCGCAACUCAUGGUGCUAGUAGUCUGUGAGUCUAAAAAGAAGAGCCCAAGAGGCAUAACAGAAGAGAGAGGGGGUUCGUGACAUGUCGAGGGGUGAUAUAGAGUGCCUGUGACGACUGUUAAAAAUUUUCGUCGCUUUCGGUCAUGUUUUGCCUUUUAAACAAGGCGUGCCGAUAACUGUCAUAUUGGGUGCCGAUAACUGUAUUUUGGCUGCCGAUAACUGUGUUUUCGGUAACCAUUUUCUCAGGUCAAAUAAGAGCGACACAAAAAGUUUUUCGUGAAAUCUUUAUCAGCCACUUCGUUGACUAGAUCCUUGUGAGGUGUCUGGAACAAGUCGCACGGGUCUAAAUGUCAUAACCUACCCUAGAGGCCCUUGAAAAGAAAGUGAUGCUCUUAAACUGACGGUAACUGUAUACUUUACCCUACCUUGGCAAAUUGUUAAGAAGUUGUAAUAUGUAGCGCUGCUUUCGCAGCUUUUAAGUCUUAAAUCUGACCUGUAUAAACAAUUAGCAAGCUCUAGAACAUUGUAAAUAACCAUCGAAUUUUGUACAGUGAUAUAAUAAUCCAUGCAUGUAAUCAAAUGUGCAAAGGGUUAAAUUCUACUCUUAUUUUUGUUCUUGUACUCGAGCUAGAUAUUGUAAUAUAUGUAUCAAAUAAAUAAAGUAACAUAUCUUGAGUAA